UCCGCAUAUUUUCUGGAUGACUGUGCGCAGAAAAAUAGGGCGUUGUGGAGACUCCCUCAUUCAUUUGCAGAGAAAAGUCUCCGCUCCCUAAAAACGUGGGCGGGCGUAAAGUGUCUACAGGAGGGCAGAGAGGAGAAGGAGAAAAGGAGAAGGGCGUUUUGACUUGAACCGUAUCUGGAGCACCGUAGCCCCCAAUGCGUGUGGAGAGGAGGCGCUGCGUGCGUAAAGACCCCACAGACGCCACAGAUAGGCUGGCAUUUUUUACUUUGGCGAGGCAAGUUUACGAGCCAUUCAAGUCUCUGGACCAGUUAAGCCGCUCACACCAGUGUAGUUUGAUUAGUGGGUGAUCUGCGUCGAGCUGCUGAUCACGAUCAGGAAAAAAGCGAACGUCUGUGCGUCCCGGAGCCUCUUGGCCGCUUUUGAGAAAAAGACAUGGCCAAAUUAUUCCGAGCUGCUAUCAUGGGUCCGCCGGGAUCAGGCAAAGGAACGAUAUCCAAGAGGAUUGCGCACAGCUUCGGCCUCCUCUAUCUGUCCAGUGGCCACUUUUUGCGAGAGAGUAUAACAGCAAAAACAGAGGCAGGUGUGCUGGUGAAGUCCUUUGUGGAAAGAAGCAUGUUGGUGCCUGACCAUGUGAUGACCAGACUGAUGCUGCCCAGACUGGAGGAGCUGAGCGGCAACAGCUGGUUACUGGACGGUUUCCCUCGGACGCUGUCGCAGGCCCGGGCCUUGAAUAACUUGUGCCAGUUGGACUUGGUCAUCAGCCUCAACAUACCCUACGAGACGCUGAGAGAGAGACUGAGCGACCGCUGGAUCCACCCAGGCAGCGGGAGAGUCUACAACAUGGGCUUCAACCCGCCACGAGUGCAGGGUAAGGACGACAUCACUGGGGAGCCGCUGAUUCAGCACGACGACGACAAACCAGACGCUCUGAUGUCCAGACUGAGACACUACAAAGAUGUAGCCAAGCCCGUCAUAGACUUAUACAAGUCCCAGGGAAUCCUGCACUCGUUUUCCGGCACAGAGACGGACCGGAUUUGGCCUUACAUCAACUCUCUCCUCAGCACCAAGAUGCACACGCAGCCACCAGACACCUGCCAGCCCCAGAUGCCCUGACGCUGCUCUGGAACAAAAGACCACAGGGGAACAUCAGGAGGCCAUUAGAGGAAGUGGGUGGAGGUUUGCACGCGCUGGCCUCGGUGUCAGGUUUUAACUCGUUAGGGGUUUAGAGAAAUAAAUUGACCGAGACACUGAUCAAAACUGUUGCCAGCCAACAUGCCUGAGACUUUCAAGUUUUUGAAUAAUGGUUCUACAUGCCAAUUAUCAGGAGCAGAAUAUUUCAAAUAUUAUUGUAGUGAAAUGUCAGAAUUCUUCAAGGAAAUAUCAGAACUAAUCCCUUAUUUAAAUUGAUUUGACUCAAACACUAAUCAAGCAGCAAUUCUUCACACUUUUAAUCUGUUAUUUUUAAUUGUGAAACACUGAAUAUAAAACUAAACCAAAGAAAGCCGAUGAUGAGGCUGAAUACAGACAAAAAAUAUCAUUUUGCAGUGAAACCCGUAAAUUACUUUCGCAAACUGAGGAGUUGUAGUUUUUUAUGCUUAACAUACCUAACAAGGCUCUUAUUAUAAAGUUCAAUUUAUACAUUGCUUUAGGUUACAGAUUCCUUGAGAGCAAUACUGACGCUACUUUGCUUUAAAUAUAACCAAAAUCGGACCCUUUGAGUCUGUGAGCUGUAUAUGACGCCUACACGUCAGCUGUUACAUAUGCAAAACAGUCCUGCAGAAGCAGUUUCUCCCUCCUUGGCUUUUUCGAGUUCACUGCUUCUAGAUGAGUCCAUCACUUAUGUAAACGAUGCACUGUGUAAACCGCUAUUCUUUGCUUGUUAUGCUGGGACGCCGCAGAGUCGGAUGCAGUCACGCUCAGGAUGCUGCUGGAACCUGGUGCGGCUGAGAUGAAGACCAAUGCUUGUAAUACAGAGGGUUUCAAUGUUGUUACCUUCCUUUAAAUAUACUAUACGGUUGCCUUGAGAGUUUGAAUGUAAAGUUUGUGCUGGAUUACUAAGAAAUGUGGGAUUUAUAUGAUUGUUAGAAGGUCAUGUAUGUAAAGAUGUUUUUUUUUCAGAUUAUUUAAAUACAUCAAUGAAUGUUGCAUUGGGAACAACUUGUAAAAUGACCAGCUUUUCCAGCUUAAUAUUUCCACUAUCAAUUGUUUCAGAAAUAAAUAACGAGCUCCAGAUCCAUUAUUUCAAAGUAAAAAAGAAUUGCGUUAGAGAAAAUACACUUAAAAAUUGCACUAAAUGCACUAGACACAAAACUGCACAUCAUGACCUAGAGAUUAUUAUAUAUUUUUUUAGUUCUACCUUUGUUGAUCCAGCAGUUUUGAAACUUUUAGUAAAUUUAUCACAUCAAAUCAUUUUGAAUCUUUUGAUAUUAUUUUCCUUAUGUGUGGUCCAAGGAUUGUGGGUCUUGUGUGUGUUACAGAUUGUAAAGGCAAGUUUUGUGUCUUGACCGAACAAAUUAUGCCUGUGCAUAAUAACUUGUCUUUCCUUGUCUUGGUGUCUUCAGCAGCAAAAGUCUGUAGAUAAUGAUUCGAUGAGUGUGUGUGAAGAGUGUGUCGAGUGCGUGACCACACUCCACAGUUGUUGUGUAACCCCUCUGUGGAUUUCUCCCUUUUUUCUAUCCUGCAGUCCUAACAUGUCACUGUCCAAGAACGAUUAAACUAUUUUCUCAUG